AUGGCAGGAAGCCUGAACUUUGGUCCACUUCAGAUGCUCCUAAACCUGUCUCGGCACAGUGCACUAGCUGUACCAGAGAGAUACAGCUCAGGGACCUCUACUGAUAAUGCCAUCAUAAACCUGCUCAAUCUGAAAGGCCCCAGCACUGCUCAUCAAAAACACAUAUGUAGUGUGGUGGAACAAGCUGUUGUGAUGAUUGGCAUGCAACUGCAGGCUGCAGAACACUGCCUUCGCCAGUAUGAGGCAUGCACUUACAUGUGCAAGGCAGAGGGAGCUGCAUCACUAGGACCUGCCUCAACUCCUGAAGUGCUGGAGGCUGCCCACAAGGUGGCAGGAGUUGGAACUUGCAGGCCCACAGGGUUUGGUGAUUCCACCAACACUUGUCUCACCCAGUACAUCUCUCUGCCUGAGAUCAAGAGUCCUAAGUCAUUCUUUGAGAACAUAUUCUGCUAUCAGAUUCUUGCACCACCACAAUCUAACAUGAAGAAAAUCACCUUGCAGGCUACAGAGGCUUCAAGGAUGGAAAGGAGAGGCUCAUACCUGUCAAUACAUGAUUCAGUGGCCAUUACAAUCCAGCAUUAUUGUCUUUUCAUACUGCUCAUGGUCAUGCUCUUCUGUGGACCUUCAUGCAGCCAAACUUUUGACAACCAAUGCUCACUUUCAAAACAUUGGCUGCUCUGUUCAUUGUACUGGAAGUCCACAAGUCUUGCCAUUUUGAAGCAUCAUGAAAGAGUGAAAAGGGUAGAUGCUGCUCUGCAAUACACAGUGAGGCAGUCAAGUACUGUGCUCAGGAAAUUUACAGGGCACAGCAGUGGACUUCAAGACCUGGACCAGGCUGGUGUGAUACUGAAUGAUGACCAUGGAACCACUGCUACCCUUGCCAGUGUAUCAGAUCACACCCAGCUUCAUAUUCCAAGCCCACAUCCCUGUGCUGAUGAGGACAAGAGCAAUGAUUUGCAAACUGAAGAUUCAAAUAUGCAUGUUGACACAUGA